AGAAAUCUCAACAUGGCUGACACUUGUUGGUCAAGUGUUGCUGGUUGACGAGUGUUGUUGAUUCGCGAGAACCCCCGUGUUCCCUUCAGCUGCUGCGACAAUUGCGAGGUGGUUACCUGAAGAGGGACAUCUAGAAUGGCCCAGGGUGGACAGGGGUGACGAAGAGGGAGGAGAACUAUCGAGACGAAAGAGUGCCGUCCUCUGCACCUAGUUGACUGCUGGCCCAGCUAUUAUUCCGCUGUACCGUCCCGUCGUCUGCACAUAGCAUACGAGUAGAGUGCGCGUGUGUGUGUAUGUGUGUGCAAGUGUGUGAUGCCAGUGCCUUCGAAUAACCAAAAUGUGUUGUACUGUGCUCGAAAGUUCGUAUUUAUCGUCGUACAGUGUGGUGAUUUAAGCUUUAUAGGAUACCAUGGAUAACUCGAAUUCAACGCUGAACGAAAGACGGACUUUGUCGAAUGUGAACGGAUCGGCGAAACGGAGCUCCGCGUGCACGCCCUCAUCCCUCGCUGCCGGGGGGAUGGGGGCAUCCGCUCGGCCCGUCUCCUUGGCCGACAGCCAGAAUUUCCCCCCAGGACACCAAAGCUCCGUCCGGGUGGUUGUCAUCAAGUACGAGAAUGGCUACGGCAUGAAGGUUUCCGGCGACAACCCGGUCUUCAUCCAAAGCGUCAAACAAGGAGGCGCAGCUGAAAAGGCUGGUUUGCACGCAGGGGACAGGAUCAUGGAGGUGAAUGGAAUCAACGUAAUUUCGUCUACACACACGGAUGUCGUUGAAUUAAUUAAAUCAUCCAAUCAGGUGGAGUUGAAGGUGCACCACAAGACGGGGGGCUCAAAAAUCAUGGGUUCCCCCGGGAUUCACGCGCGCCCCUUCACCACGCACAACCCCUCCAGGAUCACCGGGCCUCAACCUGUGGACAAUGAGAAGCAAGUGCAACUUCAAUUGGAGAGGGCUCAGCAGUUGCGCCGCAUGAUCGAAACAGAACAGAUCUACAUAGAGAAACUCAGAUGCAGCAUUGCGAGUACACCCGACGAGAAGCAGGGCCAGAACUUGGAGAAGGCCGAAAGGAAUCUCGAGAUGUUGCUGAAUAUGCUGAAAACACACCAAGGAUCGACCCCGAGCAUGUCCGAGCAGUCCACUAAAGACAGUUUGACAGACAGUUCCCCUCCCCCUCCUUUACCGAGUACCCCGCCCCCUAAAACUUUGCCCCCGAAGACUAAACAUUUACAUAAAACGAGUAGCGGCAGCGGUGACGGUGGGAAUGUGGCAUUUGAAUUGGAGGAGGAGCUUCCACCGCCUCUGCCGAAACGCAAUCGCAGCAACCAAGAUCCGCCACCAAACAAUACACCAACCAUGGCUAACAAUAAACCCGAAGAGAACGGGAACAAUCCGUUCACGACGCCGGUGGUCGAUGGAGGCGGCAGGAAUCGCUGCUUCAGCAUGGACAAGAACUUCGGUGCGAUGCUCGACAAUGCAAUCUAUUGCACGGGCGAACGGCAGACUCCACCCCCGUUGCCGCCUCGCAAUCCGCCCUCCAACUGCUCUUCUCCCCUGUCCACCCCUAACCAACACCAUCAUUCCCCCAGCUACGAAUCCGACGGUGCCAAUUCCAUAAACAAACAAAUGUCGUAUCCAUUAGUGGCAACUUGUGCAACAAUUUUUAACAAUUAUCCGGCAACACACACCCAUCAACGUACCAAAUCGAGUCCAGAAUCUCUAAUAUCCCUGACCCCGUCCGAAAGCAGCACCAAACGGAUCGUCAGUUCGGAAAGCAUGCAGGACUUCAACUACAGUUCGACGGCGACGCCGCCGGGAACGCCCCCGCCUCCUUAUCCCAGCCCACUUGCCGAUCGCCGGAAUUCGAACAGCAAUCGGAAUUCGGCGAACACGGACGAGGGUGAUUGUAGUUUAGAAGAGAUGUCCAUUGAUAUUAUGUCUUCACCGGACGCAUCUCCUAUGAAGGGGCAGGGUCGGAUGUUGGCCAACAGCUCACCAAUCCACGCGGCUACUCCCCAUACCGCGCAACAAUCUAUUAUGAGCAUGGAGGACGAUGAAAUCUCGGAGCAGGACGCUAGCCAAUUCGAUGACCACGGUCCGUUCAAAUCGCUGGCGCAACUGUGGAUGAAGGAUAAUCUGCCUUACUUGGCAGUUUUCAUGAACUACGUCCUCUCGCAUUCAGAUCCGGACAGCCUUUUAUUUUACCUGAUCACCGAUCUUUAUAAAGAGGGCAACGCCAAAGAAAUGAGGAAGUGGGCUUACGAAAUCCACUCCUGUUUCCUCGUACCUGGAGCUCCGCUGAGAAUCAAUAACGUGGAUGAGACCAUUGCUCACGAAAUAGACCUGGUGCUACAGAACGAACACUAUCGCGAGGAGAUCCUUAGGAAGAUCUUCUGGAAGGCGAGAUCAAAGGCCAAAGAUGAACUGUCGCACCUCCUGAACGACUUCCAGCAAAAGAGAAUUGCAGGAUUGGGAACCAUAUACGGUCCCGCAGACUCCGUUCUGCUGGAAAUGUGCAACGACAAGGGCUCCGGCCGCGACAUCAAGCACUACGAAACAUUGCUGGAGAGAUUGGAUCCUUAUUUAGAGGAAUUGGACAAACCCCAUGAAGAGUCUAGGAAAUAUUACACCGCAGCUGCCUUAAUAACAGUCUUCACGCGGAUUUUCGCAGUGAGACCACCCUCAAAUGUGAUGGAAAAGUGUCCCAUUUUUGUGAACAGAGAAAAGUCCCUCAGAUCCAAGCUGAUGGCGAAAUACAGAAAGAUUUAUGUACAAGGACAUCAGUACGUCGCCCAACAUUAUUACACUGUGAUACGAUGCUAUAAUUGUCACCAAAUUAUUUACGGAAUUGCUCCGCAAGGAUAUCAAUGUUUAUUCUGCCAUAUUAAUUUACAUCGGCCGUGCAUUCAAUUAUACGAGGAUGCGUGUCCAGGCCCAAUGAAGCAGAAAGGCAUGAUGAAACUCAUGGAUAGAAUCCGACCGGAAAACCGGGACCAGAAGCGCAAACAGAGCGCCCAUUUCCUGCACACUGAACGAGAAAAACGGUUCCUGGAGGAACGCGACAACGGCGCGGACUUAAAUGAAACCGGCGAAGCAAAGCCUGGAAAUCCUCUUACGAGGACGCCUUCCGACCGACGACCAGAUGCCGUCAGGGAGGAAUCAUGCAGGACGCAACCCCUGAAUCAGUCCACCGACAAUGACAAUGAUUCAGCAAACCCCGAAAGUUCAACUAGUCAACCCGCUUCCACCGGAAACAAAAGGCGACAGAUUGGUAACAUCAAUAGGUCGGAGAGUGUCAAAGAGCAGCCGGAGAAGAACCGUAAGCAACGGAGGAAUGUCAGCGAUCCCCUGCGAACGACAGGUAGUGAAGCGGUGGAUCUGGACAAUAGUAUUUCAUUCCAUCAGCACUCGGGUAGUUCGUCGAAUAGCAGCCUAAGUUCAAGGUCACUGGAUAGUCCAAGCAGUAGCUUGGACGUCGGCGGACUGUCAGAUGGACAAGGCGGCGAGCGAGAUAGUGAUAUGGAAGUUGAGGCGGAUCCGCCGGACUGGAAGAGCGCCCUCACGAACGAACAGCUCUCCAACCUGCAAGCCAACGAAAUGAAGAGACAGGACGUGAUCAAUGAACUAUUCCACACGGAAAGGUCGCACGUUCGGAACCUGAAAGUAUUAGAAUUGAUCUUCCGCAGGGAAAUUUUCCGUAGCAAGAUCCUCACCGAUUCGGAGAUGAAGCUUGUCUUCCCGAAUUUGCCUGAGCUGCUCGGGACCCACAGUCAGUUCAAUUCGCUGAUGAAGACCAAACGGAAAGAACAAUCUGUCGUCACAGAUGUCGGGGAUAUUCUCCUGAAUAUGUUUGACGGUGAACGGGGAACGGCGUUCAGAAACGCGGCGGCGAAAUUCUGCGAGCAACAACAGAACGCGCUGGAGCUGAUCAAAGAGAAGAGGAAAAAGGAUGCCAAGUUCGAGAAUCUAUUGAUGAACUGCGAGAAGAACCACCACUGCAGACGACUGCCGUUGCAGGGUUUUCUGCCGCAGGAGAUGCAGAGGCUAUCCAAGUACCCUCUGCUCCUUGGCAGGCUCAUCGAGCAGGAGGAGGCGGCGUGCAUCGCCAACCCAGGACGAUCCAACGCCGAGUUGGAGAAACUGAGGAAGGCGUUGGAAAAAUCCCGCGAGAUCCUGAAGGAGGUGAACGAUGCCGCCAAGAAGGCUAGCGAGACCGCCCGACUCUCUUACAUCAAUUGCCAUUUGGAGACAUCGGGUUUCGAUCGAACGGACAACGAAUACAAGCAUAUCGAUUUGACAAAGUACACGUUCGUUUACGAAGGCACGGUCACGUUGAAGAGACCCAACAAGAAUCCACUUCAAGUGCAUAUGCUGUUAACAGAAGAAGCUGUGAUACUUCUGCAGAAAGAAGGCCAAAGUUAUUUAUUAAAAUUCUUCCACUGCGGUAACCAGUCGAACCAGACGUUGUCGCCGAUUAUUAAGAUGCAGAACGUCAUUUGCAGACCGAAUGCCGCUGAUACCGUCACCUUAUACCUAGUGAGCAAUAACACGUUGAUCAGUCACAUGUAUGAAAUACAGUGCAGAGAUGUAAAUGACCGAAAAACGUGGUUAAAAUACUUCACCGAUGCGAGCGAGCAGUACAAGAUGCGCACGGAGAGGACACAAGAGUCCGAGGAGGAACCGGAACUUCCGGCAUCCAGCAGUGAUAGGCCGGAAACGAUGGAAGAGGAGGAGGUCGAGUCUUCGACUCCAUCCCCAGAACCUACGUCCGUCGAGGAAAACAAGCAACAGAUGCGUGUCGAGGAUACAGCUAUCCCGGCGGUGCACUCAGCUGGUGGUGAAGGUGUUUCGGUAAAGUUGAUACCCAAUGAGUGGCCUCUCAUCCAACCUUCUGAGGUGCAGGUGGCAAAUCCUCCCGUGCACACUGCAGAACCUGUCCUUACUCCUCUAGAGCAAAUCAAACGCAAAGACACGGAAGUAAAGCAGGCCCUGGCGGCCAAGGAGGGUCUAGUAGCAGAUCUGCUGAGCAUACCGCGCGAUGAGUACAGGAUGAUCGCAGACAUUGUCAGCGAAGAGGUCGGCAAGAAAGAACCGUCACAGCGGGAUCUCCCCGAACUCGUGUUGGCCGCCGUGUUCCAAGUUGAUCAACUACUGGAGGUUGUGAACGAUUCCCUGAACGUUUCUGAGGCCGAUUCCGUGGCAGCCGCGGGCGGCAAGCAUCCCGUCUGUGCCAGCAACGACGUUCAAAUGGCUGCGACGGCGUUAGCGGCAUCCUCUAAGAGUCUCGUGCCCUCCGUGCCCUCUUCUCGGCUUCAAAGUAUAGCCACCACUCUCAAUUCGCAGCUUACAAUCUUACUGAGUGCUGUGAAAGGGGUGGAGGAGGACAGAGAAAAUCUGCGGAAGGAGUUGCACAGGACCAGAGAGCAAUUACAUGAAAAGUGCAGCCUGCAUGGACCGGUGAUCGACGAUGAUUCCACGCAGCUGGACUCGACACAAUCUGGGGACUUGGAAAGCAUAGAGGAGAGUCCGACAGAGACUGAGACAACUUGAAUGACAACGACAGUGGGGCCUAAACUAAAUCUUAUUGCAUGAUUGUGUACAUUUUUUUAAGAGAGGAAACAUUUUUUCUUUUUACUUUUUAUUCUAUUGUUUUUUUUUUAGAGAAAAGAAGUGAAAAAGAAAAAAAAACUAUAUUUGUUAUAACAUAUUAUCAUAUGUAAACUAAGUAUUAAAUUAUAUAUACAUAAAGCAAAAAACUACAAAACA